AUGUUUUAUUCCAGUGUACAAGGAAAAUAUGCGAAUGGAGAGAAGUUCACAUACACUCAAGCACUUGUUUUCUUUUUGUGUGUGGCAAAUACUAUCUUCGCUUGGGUACUUAGACCGAAGAAAGAUGUGGAUACCGUUCCUACAAGAAUGUACGGCUUGUGUGCCGCUAGCUAUCUCCUCGCAAUGAUUUGUAGUAAUCAAGCACUCCAGUAUUUACCUUACCCUACCCAGGUGCUGGCCAAGUCAUGCAAACCAAUUCCCGUUCUUAUUUUUGGCGUCCUAUUCGCUGGAAAGAAGUAUUCAUGGAGGAAAUACCUAUUUAUAUUGAUGAUAGUUUUUGGUGUUGCGGUGUUUCUCUACAAGGACAAGAAAUCGACAACUGAAAAGCAAAUAGGAAUUGGAGAAUUAUUAUUGUUUGUAAUUUAUCAAAAAAACACAGACUCUUUUCAGUACUUCAUCUUCAAGACGAUCAGCGAGUUCUCGCCACUUACUUGUUCAGUCAUCACUACAACUCGUAAACUAUUCACUAUAAUCAUCUCUGUCGUUUUUAUGAAUCACCCUCUGUUGGAAAGGCAAAAAUGGGCAACUGUUGUUGUGUUCUCAGGACUUAUUAUGGAUGCAGUUGACAGCAAAAUGUCUAAGAAGAGACCCCACACUAGUUAG